UUUCCAUCCUCCGAGAGCGAUCGACGCGAAUACGCGCGGCGCGCCGUGAGCCGCCAACUUCAAAUUGUUCCUAACAUGUUCAUCUCUUCACAUCUAUAAGUGAUGCGAAAAUAAGUUUCGGACUUUAGCCAAUACGAGCCCGAUGAUUGGCGGGCGAGGUGACCAUGUGGGCAUACAUCAUCGCGGCCACGCGCGGGGAUUCCCGUCACUCGAUUCAGAAGCGGGACGCCACAGCCAACGCAGCCGACGAUCAUUUGUACACCAGGUACCGAGAUGGCAAGGUAUUCGCGGUGUCCACGGCUCCGCGAGCUACCCCCGGCCCGUCAGGGCUGAACACAAGGGAAACCAGCUGUAGCUCCCGGUACUACGCCAACCAGUCUCUGCCGCAGACCUCGUCCGCGUUGAACGUGCAAAACGAGUACAGGAACCAGAUGGAGGAAGGCAUCGAACCUUUUGAAGAGCAGGCGACGACUGAGGCGAACACUGGCGCCAACUGGUUUCAACGCCACCUGGCGAGACUGACGCGAAACCUUCGCUGCAGGAUCAGUGGCGAGCGUCGGGUCAAGCCUCCAGAUGCCUUCCUGGACAAAUACUCUGCUCAGACCUUCAAUGAUCCGCAAGAACCUCUGUACCAAGCGAAGAGGUCCAAAUUACUAUGUGGCCUGAAGCUAGCAUUCGAUCCUACGAUUCCUGCACAUUAUCAUUGGCUGGCGGUAGUCUCGCUGGCCAUCCUCUACAACGUGGUUUUCGUGAUUGGUCGAGCGGUGUUCUGGGAGCUGGACAACCUCACACCGAUGUGGUUCGUGCUUGACUACCUCUGCGACACCAUCUAUCUCAUCGACACGGUCGUGCACGUGCACGAAGGUUAUUUGGAACAAGGACUCAUGGUAAAGGACUCGAAAAAACUUAGACAACACUAUCUCGAAUCGGACUCGUGGAGAUAUGACGUCAUAUCUAUGCUACCCACUGAUAUAGCAUACUACUGGUGGAAGCCGGGAUCGUGCGACUAUAAUCGUUUGCCAUGCCCUGUUAUUGUGCGUCUCAAUCGUCUCUUUCGCAUGCCCCGAAUGUGGGUGUGGUUCGACCGCACCGAGACCGCCACCAGCUAUCCGAACGCUUUCAGGAUAUGCAAGGUCGUAAUGGCCAUCCUCGUACUUAUCCACUGGAAUGCGUGCAUAUAUUUUGUCAUAAGCUACGCUAUAGGCUUCGGCACAGACAACUGGGUUUACAAUAUAACAGGCACCCGUAAUGAAUCUCUAGCUCAUCAGUAUAUAUACAGUUUUUAUUGGUCCACCCUCACUCUAACUACAAUCGGGGAAACGCCACAACCGGAAAUCGAUGCUGAGUAUUUGUUUGUCGUGGCCGACUUUCUAGCGGGAGUUUUAAUUUUUGCCACGAUCGUCGGAAACAUCGGCUCCAUGAUUUCCAAUAUGAAUGUUGCAAGAGUUGAAUUCCAAAACAAAAUGGAUGGUGUCAAACAAUACAUGGCUUUUAGGAAAGUUAGCGGAGAAUUAGAAGCUAGAGUUAUCAGAUGGUUUGCAUAUACAUGGGCUCAAAGCGGUGCUUUAGAUGAGGAAAAUGUUUUGUCUUCUUUGCCCGACAAACUGAAAGCAGAAAUUGCUAUAAGAGUUCACAUGGAUACUCUGAAACAAGUUAAGAUAUUUCAAAACUGUGAACCAGGACUUUUGGAAGCAUUGGUUCUGAAACUGCGGCUUCAAGUUUUCAGUCCUGGAGAUUACAUAUGUCGUAAAGGCGACGUGGGGAAAGAAAUGUAUAUUGUCAAAAGAGGCAGAUUGCAAGUGGUCGCUGAUGACGGCAGGACAGUUCUGGCUACGCUAAGUGCCGGGUCUGUGUUUGGAGAAGUAAGUGUUCUAGAAAUUGCUGGAAAUGUGACAGGAAACCGACGAACGGCCAAUGUCCGGGCCCUUGGUUAUUCGGAUCUAUUUUGUUUGGCAAAACGAGACUUGUGGGAAGCCCUUGCUGACUAUCCUGAUGCUAGAGUGACAUUAACCGAAGUUGGAUGUGGACUUCUCCGCAAGGAUGGUCUAUUAGAUGAAAACAUAUUCAAAAAUGCACAAACCACCCAGAUGAGUUUAGAGGAAACAGUUCAAAAACUAGAAACUACAGUUGAAAUGUUGAAUAAUCGUUUACAAGGACUGUUAACCGAUGUUGGUGAAGAUCAGGCCAAAAUAAAGCAACGGAUCAACAAAAUUGAAGUCAGAGUAUUAGAAAAUGAGGAUGACAAUACGGAUUCAGAUGAUAUCACAUCAAUGGAGGCGUCUGAAUUGCGGAGCGAAAUCGCAAGGACGUGUGAUGUUUCGGGUUACAGUGAGAUACCUAUGAGUUCCACACACGACACAUCACUAUUUCUUCUCAGUAACCCCAUCCCUAUCCGAGAGAGGGGACACUCCCUGAGUGUUGAGAGGACCACGGAGUUACUCAAGUUUGCACCAGAACCACGCAGCAAAUCCCUGCGUUUGAAAAGGGUCCCCAAAGAUCUCAAGUGAACAAGUCAGGACUAUAAAUACCAAAUUUAGUUAUGUAUGUGAAAUGAAAAAAAAAAUGUAAAAAUUGUAAUUAUUUUUGAUACGGAAAGCUUUAUAGAUUUGAAUAGAAAAAUGAAGCAAACCAAUCAGCGUUUACGAGGGCAAGGAUUGUACUACAAUAGUACGAUACUGCGACUUCCAAUCGAUUCAUUAUUGAUAACGGUUGGUUUAUAUUUAAAACAAGUAUUGCAAUAUUUCUGGAAAGCAUAUUAAAAAUAUUGUCAAGUAGAAAUAUAUUUUUUCUAGGAAAACGUAAGUAUACGUAAUAUAUUUAUCUCUGUACUACACAAUAGUCUCGAUUUCUAUGCAAUGUUUAUUAUGCCUAAUUUUUAAAUUCGUUUAACAUCCAUAAAUAUAAGCUUAGUUACAAACACUGUCUAAAAUUAACAACAUAUCAAAAUGGUUUAAUUUAUUCAGUAUUUUAAUUCACAAAUAUCCAAAUUGAAAUCAUUAAAACUGUAGUUUGGUGUUGUAGGGCACAAUAGAAUAAUACUUAAAGUCCUAAUCUUAUAAAGCUGUGUGACGGGCCUUCUACAAUACUAUAUCUCAGGAGAACAAUCUCACGAGAUCAUUAGAGCGGGUCUUCCAAAUUAUAGACCACAGAAUCCUACUGCAAGUACUUAUUUAAAUAUAAUGUCAAGCAGUCUACAGAGGAGUCGAGAUGUCGAUCAAUUUUCAUUCAAACUAUACAACAAGAUACAUCCAAAUACAGAUUAUGAAAGAAAAUUAUUUUAUAAUAUCUAUGUAAUUUCCAUGUAUAGUUUUGCUAAUGUCCUCUUUAACAAUCAUCAUAGAAAAUAUAAUAAUAUCUUAAUACAUGUUAAAAUGUUUGAUGUACUAUCUAGGUAAAAAUAUAAUUUACUACUAUUCAUUGUUAGUUAAUGUAAGUAUAUAGUAUAUUUAUUUGUUUAAGCUAUAAAACGUGUGUCAAUAUAGAAAAUGGCUUUAACGUGAGGUGUUUUAAAGAUGACAUAUAUAGGGUUGUAAUGUAAAACAAGGAAUGAUGUUUUUGUACGGCAUUUCAGAAAUGUGUAAGUAAUGACUUGGCGUAGAUCUUGUGUAGAUUUUUGUAUUAUUAGAUAAAGAAUUAAUGCAAAUAUAUUAUAUUAACUUGUUUCACUAAUGGAUAACAGAAAUUAUAUCUGUUUCUGUCGAUUAGGUGAACUUCAUUUGUGUAUAUUUAUUAAUCUUCUAAAGUACAUCUUAACUUCUAUACAAGUCAGGUUGUUUUUAGAGUUCUUACAUAAUGUUAUAUUCAAUUUAGUAGUAUAAUAAUUAUUAUAUUAUAAAAAAAAUUGUUAUAUGUUUAGAAAAUAUUUAAGUGGAGAUUUUUGAUUUUUGAAAAAUAUUAUUUAUAUAAUAUUAAAUACCUAUGCAAUUCAUAUUGUUGUAAUUUAGGCCCUUCCUAGCCGCAGACUAAUAAAAAAUGGUAUGGUGGCGCCAUCACAUUUUUAUCAAUUCCGUUACUUGAUUAGCGGAAUAUAAAAUCUCGAAUCCGCUUAGUCCACUGUUGUGUAAUGAAACCGUUACAUAAUACAUUCUAAUGAAAUCUUUAAAGUAAUGUGGCAUAUUUUUGUAAUGUUAUGUUUUUAAUUUUCGCUAAUAAAAGUGAUGGUGGCGCACAUGCGGCCCCAAGACAGUGAAUAAACCCAGUCCGAAACAAUCCCAUAAUAUUCUUAUUUUGUCCAUAUGUGUAAAUGUAAUAUUACCAAUUAUAUCUACAUAGCCAUACGUAGCUCAUUGUCUCAUGGUCUGUCAUAGUUAUAGUAGUACCACAGUAUACGCUGCAUGCAACUUUAAUAUGUUAACAGUGAAUCAAAUCUAAAUGUGUGAUUUUAUCUAUAUAAAAUUAUUAAAAUAAAGAAUUAUCAA